AUCCAACAGAUAGAAAAAUGUGGCCUUUCUUUUUCCCCUAUACCUAUAAAUCACAAGGAAGACCGCGAACGACAAAUUACAAAUUGCAAAUCUCUAAUCUCUAAAUCUUUCUAUAUUCUCUGUAAACUUUCAAUUAGGAAUAGUCUUUGUUCUGUGCAAUGGAAUCCACCGGAAAAGUGAAGAAGGGUUUCGGAGGAAGAAAAGCCGGCGGCCCAAAGACCAAAUCUGUUUCGAAGUCGAUCAAAGCCGGUCUCCAGUUUCCGGUGGGGAGAAUCACUCGUUUCCUGAAGAAAGGACGAUACGCCCAGAGGCUCGGUGGUGGAGCUCCGGUUUACAUGGCCGCCGUUCUCGAGUACCUCGCCGCCGAAGUUCUGGAGCUUGCUGGUAACGCUGCGAGAGACAACAAGAAAACGAGGAUCAUCCCGAGGCAUCUUCUUCUCGCGAUCAGGAACGAUGAAGAAUUGGGGAAACUUCUCAGCGGAGUCACAAUCGCUCACGGUGGUGUCUUGCCCAACAUUAACGCCGUUCUUCUCCCUAAGAAGUCGUCUGCUAAAUCGGCUGAGGAUACUGCAUCCAAGUCACCAGCCAAAUCUCCCAAGAAAGCUUAAUUCAUCUUCUCCAGUUUACGUUUUCAUUCACCAGUUUUUUUUUUUAUGUUUUGUAUUGGGUAUUUUGUUAGUGUUGGGGCUUGGUGAAUGUAAAAAUGUUGAAAAAGUCGAGCAUUUUAGUUUAAUCUUUAGGGUUCUACGUAUUUCGGUUUCGAAAGUUGUUCAGAUCCUCGUAUUUCCUAAGUAACAAUUAAAUGAUAUUUCCAUAUUCCAA